AUGUACCUCAAGAGAGUAGUCGACGCAGUUCAAACGGCAAAGCUGUGUACUCGUCAAAAUCUUGGUAGCCUCAGAGCGGGAGCCUUGAUGUCUUUGCGGCAGGCAGCAGAGGCAUACGUUUCCGUCCUUCUGAAGUCAAUAUUGUUAAGCCUUGUUAAGCAUAUCAAGAAAUCAUGA